UCCUCAUCUCCGGGGGCAUCGUGGCCACUGCUGGACGCUUUGCCCAGUGGUACUUCGGUGCCUACUCCAUCGUGGCAGGGGUGUUCGUGUGCCUGCUGGAGUACCCUCGGGGCCGGAGGAGGAAGGGCUCCACCAUGGAGCGCUGCGGGCAGAAGUACAUGGCGGCCGUGGUGAAGCUCUUCGGACCCCUCACCAGGAACUACUACGUCCGGGCCGUGCUGCACCUGCUGCUGUCAGUGCCUGCCGGCUUCCUGCUGGCCACCAUCCUGGGAACUGUGUGCCUGGCCAUCGCGAGCGGCAUCUACCUGCUGGCUGCCAUUCGCGGUGAGCAGUGGAUGCCCAUUGAGCACAAGCCCAAGGAGCGGCCGCAGGCAGAGGACAUCAAGCAGCCGCCCAGCAACCCCCCACCCCGGCCUCCGGCUGAAGCCCGCAAGAAGCCCAGUGAGGACGAGGCGGCAGCGGGUGGGGGCCCCCAAGUCAACCCCAUCCCCGUGACUGACGAGGUGGUGUGACCCUGGCCUGGAACUGUGGGUGACUCUGCCACCAUCUGCCGGGUGGCCACCAGGGGCUGGCCGCGGUCACCGCAAUAAAGAGUGAACAGCU